AUGGUUUCUGUAUCUAUAGAAUGUCGACACAAUACAUUUGGACCUAGCUGCUUGUUUAACUGUACUGAACGACACUGCAAGGGAGACAAUUCAAGCUGUGAUAUUCAAGAUGGUGCCUGUCAAGAUGGCUGUCAGCCAGGCUGGACGAAUGCAAAUUGCACUGAGAAAUGUGAAGAGAAUUCGUAUGGUCCAGGUUGUGUAUUUAAAUGUAACAAGAGACACUGUCUAAAUAAGGUAGCUAGCUGUAAUCACGUUCACGGGUCGUGUGGAGGAGAGUGUGAGAAUAACUACAACGGAACUGACUGCACAGAGUGUGAUGCUGGACAGUAUGGCCCAGAAUGCAAUUCCUCGUGCAGUGCCAGACACUGUAAAGCUAAUGAUGGAGCAUGUGAUCACGUGAUUGGUUUAUGUAAUGGAACAUGUGAAGCUGGUUGGCAAGGAGACGACUGCACUCUCAGCAUUGCACAAACUGCUGCACCUGAUGAAAACCCAGGACCAGUUAUCGGUGGCGUCCUCGGUACCGCUGUGGUUGUUGUUGUUGUUGUUGUGACUGUCAUCGUCGUUGUAUUUCUGAGGAGAAGGAAACGUGCAAAGGACAACACCAAAGCUGGUGAACCAAUUGUACCAGAGAAUAAAUCAUCUACAAAAGAACGAAAACACCAUGCACCUGACGUCUCUACCUACGUUAAUGUCGAACUAUCCUCAACAACCUCUGCCAAAAGGUUUGAGGUAAACAAAACUUUCGCCAGUGCUGAAGUACCAGUCGUAACCACUGGUGAUGUAGCACUAGUGGUUGAUCAAGGAGAGGCAAAGACAGAAGUCCAACAACCUGACGAAGACGAGGAGGACAUACAGGAUACUAAUACGUACUACAAUGAUGUCCAACCGGCAGCUCCUUCCUUCAGUCUGCCAGAAGAAGGUUUUGAUGUCACAGAACUUGAAGGUAUCAUCGAAAGCAUCAGGAAUCAGCCUGGAGGAUUUCAAGCAGAAUAUAUUAAACUUCCAAGUGGGUUCAGACAUCCGUACAAUGAUUCCCAAAUACCAGAAAACAGGUGCAAAAACAGAUACGCUGGUUACUACCCAUGUGCGUUCAUACGUGUAUUUAUCAAUGAAAAGUUGUGUUAAUAUUUGGUAUUAGC